AUGGCAGGGCUGCAGUCUCGAUCCGCCAUGUCUCUUCCGUUUUCCCUGUCCACGGCGUUUCGAAAUCUCUCGUUGACGGUCACGAAACGCUCAUUCUCCACGACGCUACCGGCGCAGAAGACCAAAGACCUACCGGAAUACAUUCCUCCUUAUCCUUACGGCCCGAACUACAUCUAUAAACAGUCGAAUAGCGGUCUCUACGGCGGAGCGAUGAUCCAAUUCGGAAACAAGAUUUCGAAAGGUCGCAAUGAGGGGAAGACCCGGCGAAUGUGGAAGCCGAACGUCCGACGGAAGAAGAUCCACAGCGAAGCUCUAGGAGAGGAUCUGUAUAUCAAGGUCACUCGGAAAGCGUUGAGAACGAUUCAGAAAUCUGGAGGGCUCGACAAAUACCUAUUAGACGAUCGACCAGGGCGGAUCAAGGAACUGGGCGUCUUUGGAUGGGAACUGAGAUGGAGGGUGAUGCAGACACCAAAGAUCCAAGAGCAAUUCCGACAAGAGCGAAAGAAACUGGGUCUCCCGGAGCCUCCAUCAUUUGAAGAAUGGUUGGCGCUGAAACAGGCGGAGGUCAAUGCGAGCGAACAAGAUGAGACCAAUAUCAAGGAAGCCACGAAGCCGACCUACAACAAGAAACAGUACUAG